AUGGCGUCUUUAUCGGUCACUCUCAAUCUCUUAAGGCCUUGUUCCAUUGCCCGUAAGCCAUCUCCUUCCUUGAGGUUCUUUGAUGUCCGAAACUCUGCUUCUUCCUACUGUUCCACUUCUCGAAGACUCGCUCUCUUUCACCUUGGCUCUGCUCUUCCUCAGUCACAAAUAUUAGGGGCAAAAGCAUCUCAAUUGCUGAGAGGAGAGGGGAAACCUGUAGAGGCUGCCCCAGUUGCUGAUUUGUCACAAGCAGGUGCUGCUAUUGCUGAGGAAAAUCCUUUGGAAUGGGUGAAAGAUGAUAAACGAAGAAUGCUUCAUGUUGUCUAUCGUGUUGGGGACUUGGACAAGACUAUAAAGUUCUAUACUGAGUGUUUGGGAAUGAAGCUGUUGAGAAAACGUGACAUACCAGAGGAGCAAUAUUCCAAUGCUUUUCUUGGAUAUGGGCCAGAAGAUUCCAACUUUACUGUUGAACUUACAUAUAAUUAUGGAGUGGACAAGUAUGACAUUGGGACUGGAUUCGGCCACUUUGGUAUUGCAGUUGAAGAUGUUGCCAAAACAGUGGAACUUAUAAAGGCAAAGGGAGGGAAAGUUACCAGGGAACCUGGUCCUGCCAAUGGUGGCAGUACAAUAAUUGCUCUUAUUGAGGAUCCUGAUGGUUAUCCAUUUGAACUUUUAGAGAAAUGGCCUACACCAGAGCCCUUUUCACAAGUGAUGCUUCGUGUGGGUGAUCUUGACCGUGCUGUUAACUUUUAUAAGAAGGCUUUUGGAAUGGAACUUCUCCGCACAAGAGAUAAUCCUGAAUACAAGUAUACAGUAGCCAUGUUGGGAUAUGGUACUGAAGAUAACAGUCCAGUGCUUGAACUGACAUAUAACUAUGGGAUCACCGACUAUGAUAAAGGAAAUGGUUAUGCUCAGAUAGCAAUAGGCACAGACGAUGUUUAUAAAAGUGCAGACGCAGUUAGACUCUCUGGAGGGAAAAUUAUUCUUGAACCUGGUCCCUUGCCAGGUAUCAACACCAAGAUAACUGCUUGCUUAGACCCCGAUGGAUGGAAAUCGGUUUUUGUUGACAAUAUUGAUUUUCUGAAGGAACUAGAAUGAGUAACAGCAUCAUUACCACACAUCCAAAUGAGACCAUUGAAGAUUUGUGACACAGUUGACCAUAGAUUAUUCCAAUCUGCCAAUCAUAGAAAUCUUGAAGCAGCUCAU